AUGUCAGUGUGUACAGUUGUGCAGAGACAAGAUGGGGCCCUGGUGGGAGCAGAGCUGGCCUGCAGUGUCCGGGAAGAGAACAAAGCCCUGAAGGAGAGCUACAGUGCAGACUGGAGGAGUGUGAGCCUCAGAACACAACCACAGGACAGACAGACCAUGAACAUGAACGACACAUCGAACAGAGAGACCAUGUACAGACAGUGGCAGGCCCGCACCCUCCUCCAGACCUGUCCCUCCGGAGUCCUCCGAGUGGGAACUCUGGAGACCGGGGUCAGAGAGCACCAACUCCUCCCCAAGAGAAACACCCUCCCACUGCCCAUCUUCACCCCGACAGAGCUGGGCAUCCGGUUCGGUCGCGGGGCCCCUCACACGGAAGAGGACCUCCAGCCUUUCCCCGCCCCCGAUGGCGUGUGUCCCACCAAGAGGUCUGUGGACGAGAUCACCAAAGACCUGCCUCCGGUCAAACCCAGCGUCGUGGAGUUCAUCAAAGUCCCCAAUAUCCUGGGAAGGUCCUUAUCCCAAGAGGCGCAGAGAGGCUGA